AUGUCGGCCCCCACUAUGCCUGAGAACUUCGACAAAGUCUGGAAAGAGUUGAUCAAAGACAAAAGUGUCACAGAGAACGGCGUCUCGGUCCCUCGCCCUGAAGGCCCUCCCAAAGUGUCCUUCUCUGCUCUCCCAGGAGAUCCGCAGCUCGACGGCCCAGUCCUGACCUGGAACUCCGAACGCAUGCUAUCGGGCCACCGGCCGCAUGAUCCGCGCAUCAUCAAUGACAUAUUGAUAAGCCUCGUGCCUGACGACAACAUGGAACAGCUCGAGAAGAUCUACCAGCAUGAGUACGCCAAUGCAAUGCUGCAGGAGUACUGGAAAGUCAGGUCGGAGAGGGUCAAAGGCCAGUGGGAGGAGUGGAAGCACGUCGCGGCCAAAGCUGGUGUAGACCUCGCUGCUGCAGAGUCUGGCAACGAUGGAGUCGCUACUGCAAUGCAGUAUGCUAUACUCGACCGCGCCCAAGGAAGAGUCAUCCACUGGUCCAAGGUUGUCGCGCAAGAAGAGGCUCGGGUUCAGCGAGAGAACUAG